CGUUCAUCCCCCUCUGCCACCACCGUGGCUUUCGCCGCAGUUGUUUUUGCCGUCCGAGCGCUUGUGCCUGUUGUCUCCUGCAGUUGGGACGAGUUCUCUUUUAGAACUCUCUGUCCUACUGCUUCUUCGAAUAUUCAGGCAAUGCUCUUCAUUCAGACUCCUCUUGUUCAGAUGCGCCCAGACGAUGCGAUCGUGCUGCCUAUGCAGCCGAAGCCACCGGUGUGGGGCUGGGACAGCUGUCUUAUCGAGGCGAUGGUCGACGGCCUCCGGGCCGAGCCGCCGCGACGUCAACAGGCUCUCGCCAUGUUGCGCGGUCAUGUGGCCGAGCUUGCCUUCAGCUGCGCGGGCUGCCGCCUCGUGCAGCAGGCCUUCGCGGUUGCCGACCAGGCCACGAGGUCCGAGCUGCUCGCAGAGCUGCAGGGGCUCGUGGUUCGGGCGGCGCGCAGCCCUCACGCGAACUACGUCAUCCAGAGCGCCAUUGUUGUCGGCGCCCCGGCUCAGGUGGCAGCUGUCGCCCGUGAGCUGAAGGGCUCGGCAGCGUCAGUGGCGCGGCACCGCUGCGGCUGCCGCAUCCUCUGCCGCCUCAGCGAGCACUGCAGCUCCGCGGACGCGGAGGCCGUGGCCGUCAUGGACGAGGUGCUGACCGAGGCGGAGCAGCUGUGCCGGCACCCUCUUGGCCACCACGUGAUCCAGUCCAUCUCGGCUGCGCGCCGCGCCCGAAUCUCGUCGCCGCCGUGCUCCAUCGCGGCAACCUCCGGCAGAUGGCCGCGGACCCCCUGUGCAGCCACAUCGUCGCCGCGGCGCUCCACCACUGCCCCGAGGACCAGGCGCAGGCCCUCGGCCAGAGGCUCGUGGCCUGCGGCCCGCGCGGCGUGGCGGAGCUCGGCAGGAGCCGCUUGGGCGUCGGCGUGCUGCGGGCCGCGCUGCGGCUCCCUGACCCCGUCCCGCAGGACAUUCUGGGCAUGCUGAGGCGUGCCGCUCCCACGCUGUGGGGGAGCAGGUACGGCCGCGUCCUGCUCCGGGAGGCCGGGGUCGUGCCGGCGGAGGGCGCGUGAACGGGUGGCCUUCGGCAAGGGAGGAGUGGCGAUCCGCGAGGCCGUUGCUUCUGCCGGCGGUCUGGGAGAAUGAGCCUGAUUUCGGUGAAAGUGGUAAUGUUCGGCCCUCUCAGGUGGCCGAAUGAUUACCACCGGCACCAUCAUCUAGGAUGAUUUCACCUUGGUGGAGGCAGCCCGUCGUUUUGGUACCACUGUCCAGAUCUAUAAUUGUGGAGGGUGGCAAUGAACGUGGUAUAAAGGGGUGUGGUGCCAAUGCUGAGAAAGGCGAUCCUUGGCACGUCAUUCCAUUCUACAGCACCCCUCCCCGACCUCCAACAGGUCAAGGCCCCCGCCGAGGGGCAGUGCGGCAGUUGCUGAAAAAGUCCUCACCGUGGGAUUACGUACAAAUCUGUGGCCAGCGCUCCUGCCGCCUCUGUAAUCCUGCUCUCUCCUCCUCCACCUCCUCCUGUCUCGGAACGGUGCGUGCGACUGUCGACCUUGCCGACUAGAGUUGACGAUCGCUCGAGGUUUGGAAUGGUUUUCCAGUUGGCAAGCCCAGCACGAAACCACACGCAAGGCCGCGUCGUUUUUUCCUCCUGUCUCGGAUCAGUUCCGAGCAGUCACCCCUGGAGGGCCACGCCCCGACCUCGGGUGCGCGCGGGGCAGCUCUGCCCGACGUCGGCGGCAUCGAAGGCAUGCCGAGUUUUCCUUUUGCGCGGGUGUCCAUGGCCACGACAGGGCUCGAGUUAAGCGUUGUUUUUUGCAUUCCGUUGACUGUUUUCGUUUGAAUUGUUGUUUCGCAGCGAAGGGAGAACGAGGACAGAACGAGGGAGCACGGAAGCACCACGAAGCCUGACAACAUUGUUUGGCUAGGCCUUGUGCCACGAUUUUGUCGUUGCAUUGCUGCCUUUGGAUGUUGCAAUUUCCCAGAUCUCCGCAUGGCUUCCGACGCUAGACAUAUACAGGAUUGUCUUCUCGGUGCUGCGUCGCGGUAGCGGCUGGUAUCCAGGAGGGGCCGCUUUUACAGUUGGUGGAGCGCCUCGUUCACCCAAGCGAAGAGAAAGACCGC